UAUUAAAAAAAAAGGUGAAUAGAAGGUUUGGAGGCGUGAUCAAAGUAGUGCCCACUUUAUCUCUUGAACUUAAGGAUCAGAAAACGAAAGGGAACAAAUGGUAUAAUUUGUAAAUGCGAUACUUACCAUCCACUUCAACGCGCUCAAAGAAAUGCCCACUUUUUCUCUUCAACUUAAAGAUCAGAAGCUCAACGAACAAUGGCCACUUCGCUGACACCCUCAAAAUCUACUCUUUGAUGUUACAGAGCACUCAUAUUCAUGGCAACACCUUUACUUUCCCAUUACUCUUCAAAGCCUGCGCUGCCCUUUCUUCUCUUCGUGACGGAAAAAAGCUCCACGCCCACGUGCUUCAGCUUGGUUUCCAACAAGACAUCUUCGUGCAAACGUCUCUUCUCGACAUGUACUCUAAAUGCUCUGAUUUGGGAUCUGCUCGGAAUGUGUUCGACGAAAUGCUUACCAGAAAUGUUAUUUCCUGGAACACUAUGAUUUCUGCUUAUUGUCGUGGUGUACGUGGAGCUGAAGCAAUAAGGUUGUUGAAAGAAAUGCGGGUUCUUGGUUUUGAACAGAGUGCUUCCACUUUUAUUGGUAUUUUCGCUGCUUGCACCAAUCUUCAACUAGGCUUAUCAAUGCACUGUUGCGUAUUUAAACUUGGGUUGCUAGAAUGCGAGAUACCUUUAGCGAAUUCUGUUAUGAAUAUGUAUGUUAAAUUUGGUUUAGUUGAUGGAGCUCGUUCUGUUUUUGAUACUAUGGAUGAAGGAUCGAUCCUUUCAUGGACUAUUAUAAUUGGCGGUUAUGUAAAUGUUGGGAAUGUUGGGGAAGCAUUCAAUCUUUUUAAUAAAAUGAGACAAGUGGAGGGUGUUAGUCAAGAUAUGGUGAUGUUCAUUAAGAUCAUUUCAGGUUGUGUACAAGCAGGGAAUUUGUUAUUAGCAUCAUCGGUUCAUUCCCUUGUUUUGAAGAGUGGGUAUGAUGGUGAAGAUCUGAUGGACAACUUGGUUCUUAACAUGUAUGCAAAAUGUGGUGACAUUGUCUCCGCUCGAAGAGUUUUUGAAAUGGUUCAAGAGAAAUGUGUUUUCUUGUGGACAUCUAUGAUUGCUGCGCAUACUCAACAUGGUUACCCUGCUGAGGCAUUGGAUUUAUUCAAUAGGUUAUUAAGAACAGGGCUCAAACCAAAUGAAGCAACUAUUGCCAGCAUACUAUCUGCUUGUGCUGAUUUGGGGUCACUAAGCGUGGGUAAGGAGAUUGAACGUUAUGUGAAACUGAAUGGGUUAGCAUCAAAUCGUCAGGUCCAGACCUCUUUGAUUCACAUGUUCUGUAAAUGUGGGAGUAUAGAGAAGGCGGAAGAAGUAUUUGCUCGAGUGUUAAAUAGAGACUUAGCUAUUUGGAGUUCCAUGAUAAAUGGUUACGCAAUUCAUGGAAUGGGAAAUGAGGCUCUGAAACUAUUUCAUCAGAUGCAGAUAAGUGAAAUUUUCAGCCUAGAUCAUGUUGUUUUCACAAGCAUAUUAUUGGCUUGCAGUCAUUCAGGGCUUGUAGAGGAUGGAUUGAAGUACUUCAAAAGCAUGAAAAACGAUUAUGGAAUAGAACCUGGUAUAGAACAUUAUACUUGCUUGGUCGAUCUUCUUGGUAGAGCUGGUCACUUUGAUUUGGCUUUGAAAACCAUCCAAGAGAUGCCUGUGCAAGUACAACCUCAAGUUUGGGGUCCAUUGCUUAGUGCAUGCAGGAAAUAUCGCAAUGUUGAGCUUGGGAAGUAUAUAGCCAGGAAGUUGUUAGAUUUGAAUCCUGGAAAUAUCAGUAAUUAUGUUUUAAUGGCAAAUAUAUAUACAUCUGGAGGUAAGUGGAAGGAAGCAGCUGCAACAAGAAGCAUGAUGAGGAACAGAGGAUUGGUUAAAGAACCUGGUUGGAGCCAGGUUGAGAUCCCUGGCUAUGUACAUGUUUUUAUUGCUGGAGAUAGAUCACAUCAUCAGUCUGCUGAUAUCUAUAAAAAGUUGGAUGAGCUUAAUAUUAAACUUAAGGAAGCUGGGUAUAUUGCUGAAAUAGAUAUGGUGGUUCAUGACUUGGAAAAUGAAGAAAAAGAGGAGUCUCUGAAGGUUCAUAGUGAGAGAUUAGCGGUUGCUUGGGGACUUAUAAGUACUGACCCAGGAACCAGUCUUACAAUCAUAAAGAAUCUCCAAACUUGUGGUGAUUGUCACUCUUUUUUGAAGUUUACCUCCAAGGUUACAGACAGGCAUCUUAUUGUAAGAGAUGGUCAACGCUUCCACCAUUUUCAGUCUGGCUCCUGUUCAUGCAAGGAUUUCUGGUGAUUUUACUUAUCUUUUAACACUUGACA